UGGAGGUUCACCCAAUUCGAGCUGCUUGCUGUAGAGAGUACACAUUAUCAGCUCAAGGCAUCAUGUCUCGACUCAUUUUUCUGAAUCUGCCGCCGAGCAUCACCACCUCGUCCUUCAAAUCCCACCUCACGUCUCCUGCUCAACUUGAACAAGCUCAAAUCACAGAUAUCAAGGUCAACAGCAAGCGAAGAUUCGCUUUUGUUGGGUACAAGUCUGAGCAUGAUGCGAGUAAGGCUCAAGCUUGGUUCGACGGGACGUUUGGAUUCGGCGGUGGUAAGGUCAAGGUGGACAUUGUCAGGGAUGAUCCCUUAGGACCAAAACCAUCUAAGAGGAUGAAGACUGCUGAGAAAGUUCCAUCCGCUGCCAGCAUCCCCCAGGCUGGACCUUCCAAGCAGCUUCAGGAGUUUAUGAACGUGAUGAAGGGGAACGACCAACAGGUUCUACCAGGCGGCACAGAUGCACUCGUGCCUGGAGAUCCUGGCUGGAAGGCAGAUGGGUCCAAGAAGGACAAGAGCAAGUCGAAAAGUGCGAAAGGGAAGGAAAGACAGGUGGAAGAAGAAGCAGGGGAUGAAGACGACGAUGAUGCAGCUUGGUUAAGGAAACGGCAGACUGCUGCCUUGGAAGGUGACCAAGACGACGGGACAGAAGUGGCUCAGAAGCUCGAUUCAGAGUCUUCGCUUGUCCUUUCCACUGGCAGGCUGUUCGUGCGGAACCUUGCCUUCUCUGUGACUUCAGAUGACCUAUCUUCCCUUUUCACCCCUUUUGGUCAUGUCGAAUCCGUCCAUCUACCUGUCUCGCAUUCCGGCGAGCCGCUCGGAACAGCGUUCAUUCUCUUUCGGGACCCUCAACACGCCCUCGUAGCGUAUCGCAAGUUGGACAAGACGACCUUUCAAGGCCGUCUCUUGCACGUCUUACCAGGUCGUGUGAGACCAGGUCAAGAACCAUCGAUCACCCACCAAACUCUUGGAGGAGAAGGUCAGGUAUUGGGCAAGAUCAAGGAAAGAAGGCAGGAUGUUUUGAACAAGGCGGAUCAGAAACGUAAAGAGGCGAGCUCAAAGGGAGUAAAUUGGGCGACCUUAUACAUGAACAGCGAUGCCGUUGCCGGUUCCGUCGCAGACCGAAUGGGCAUCACCAAGGCUGAAUUGUUGAACGCUGAUCCUGAAGACCCAUCCGCUUCAACAUCUGCGGCUGUCAAGCUUGCUCUGGCGGAAACACACGUGAUCGCAGAGACAAAAGCCUACUUUGAAGAGGCCGGUCUCAAUGUCGAGUCUCUGCAGCCUCGGACUCCUCGAUCGCAGACUAUAAUCUUGGUCAAGAACAUUCCGUAUGGAACGACCAUUCAAGCCCUCACGGAUAUGUUUACACCCCACGGAGAGAUCACUCGCAUGCUCUUACCUCCCAGCGGGACACUCGGUGUGGUGGAAUACAAAUCUUCCGCAGACGCUGGGAGAGCAUUCAAAGCAUUGGCUUACACGCGCAUGGGUAACGCCGUCUUAUACCUUGAGAAAGGUCCGCAAGGCAUGUUCAUCGACUCGAGCAAGAUGGCGGACAAGGUCGCUCAAGAGCAAGAGGAUCAAGCUCGUAUCCUCGCAGAGAAAGUCGCCUCGGCUGAAUCUCGUCAGGUUGCAGACGAGUCAGACGAAGCUGGCUCGACCUUGUUCUUGAAGAAUCUCGCAUUUAGUACUUCCACACCUCGCCUACAAUCCAUCCUCUCGUCAUUACCUGGUUAUUCCUUUGCUCGGGUGCAGACUAAACCUGAUCCCAGGCGACCUGGCGAAAGACUAUCCAUGGGGUACGGAUUUGUCGGAUUUAAAACACAACAGGAGGCUCAAAAGGCCAUGGCGGGGCUUGAAGGCUUUGAAAUUGAUGGGAAGGCUCUGGAAGUCAAGUUUGCUCAACGAGGAGGUGCUGAUCAAGGUGACACGGGCGAGAAAAAGGCAGAUGGAGAGAUGGGCAAAUUCAAAGGAACAAAGGUCAUGGUCAAGAAUCUGCCAUUCGAAGCGAGCAAGAAGGACAUUAGAGAUCUGUUUAGCGCGUAUGGGUCUAUCAAAGCCCUGCGGAUCCCCAAGAAAUCACUCCCUACUGCUGCUGGAUCUAAAUCGACUCGAGGGUUCGGGUUCAUCGAAUUCACGACGCAUACUGAAGCUGUCCGUGCAAUGGAGGCUCUCAAGCACACGCAUUUGCUCGGUCGUCAUUUAGUAUUGUCCUGGGCCAAAGAAGACGGUUCGGUGGAUGUAGAUGAAUUGAGGCGUAAAGUCGGAAUAGAUUAUAAGAGUGGUAGUGGAGAUGGAAAGGACGAUAGACUGGGCAAGAAGCGAAAGUUGGAUCUGAUGGGAACGAGAGGGGAGCAAGACGAUGGGCUGGAGAUAGACCAGGGGCUCUGAAAAGCGUUGUUGUAUACUUGUUUUGCAUAUGUGUUGUACGCC